AUGCGGAAGAAAAAAUCGAAAGAGCGAGAAGGUGCAAAAAUGACCGUGCCCACAAAUCGGACGAGGAAAUUAAAAGGUGACGGCGAUCAAGUUGUUUGUACGUCUAAACAGUGUGUUGGUUGUACAGGUCAAACCAAAUAUAUGUCGCCACCACCACCACCGCCUGCACCAUCAUCGCCCCCGCCGCCACCACCGCCGCCGUCAUUAUCACCACCAGUGUCAUUGGCGGAAAUUUAUAGCCCCGUGGCACUUCUACGAGGAUAUGCGACAUCGAAGUAUACCAGCGCCCAGCGUAUGCCAGCGCCGUUUUUUGGAAACUCGCAAAAUGUCGUAAAGUAUCGCGCGCCGCGACCACCGCCACCGACAGUAACGCACAAGCAAAUCAAGAACAUGUUGCGACGCGCGAUGCAGAAGGCAAAGAAAAAUGGAUAUAUUGACGCGCCACUCCAAAAUCUUCAAAACAAUCUUUCGUCGACUACUGAGGCGUACAAUUCACCGCCGGCCACUCAGACGUAUUAUCCGCCACCGGCUACUCAGGCGUACAAUCCGCCGUCCGCUCUUCAGGCGUAUAAUCCGCCACCUGCUACUCAGACGAACAAUCCACCAUCCGCUCCUCAGACGUACAAUCCACCACCCGCUCCUCAGGCGUACAAUCCGCCACCGGCUACUGAAGGAUAUAAUCCUUCGUCGGCUGUCAAAAUAUAUAAUUCCUCGCCGGCUACUCACGUUAAUUUGUAA